AUGCCACCGAACACUUUCAUCUCCUGGGCCACUCGGCCUAGGAUCUACGCCUACAGCAUCAUCUCGACGCUCGCCGCCAUCUCGACGGUCGCAAUCGCCUUCACUGAGCGGAGCAAUUUCUAUGCAGCCGUCGUGUUCCUCGGUCGAUCCAACGGUUGCCUUCUCGUACUGCUCAACUUUCUCUUUGUCGUAGCUCUCAUCUCGGGCCGCAUUCUUCAAUUGAUCUACUUUGGCCCAUUGCGGCGCAGUGAGGUCGAACUGGUCUGCGAGCGGUCAUGGUACAGCCUGGUUGGCACGCUUCUCGCCGUUUCCAUCUUUCGAGACGACUUCAGCGUCUCGUUCGUCAUCCUCUUCGGCCUGCUUCUCUUCCUCAAGAUAUUCCACUGGCUUUCAGCAGAACGUGUAGCUUCGAUUAUGCAAAGUCCCUCGGUCCCGCGCAUCUUCCACGCACGCAUGGUAUCGAUCCUCAUCACACUCCUGCUGGCAGAUCUGCUUCUCGUCGGCUUUUCGUUGCAAAUGCUGAUCGUCAAGAAAAUCAAGAUCGGCAUGAUGGUGCUCUUCACCUCGGAAUUCAUCAUUUUGACCGCUCUGCUGUGCAACACAAUCGCGCAGUACAUCCUCAACUGCAUCGACAUGGCGAGCGAGGAACCGUGGGAAGCCAAAUCGCUCUAUGUGCUGUAUGUCGACCUAGCACACGAUGUGGUGAGGCUCUGCACGCAUGCAUACUUUUUCGUCUUAUUGACGCGGAUGUACGGCAUUCCCUUGUCGCUGAUCCAUGAUCUAUACAGUACGGGCAGGAGCUGUACGAUCAAGGUCACGGCGUUGAUCAGGUACAGGCAGGCAGUCAAGAAGAUGGAGACCAAAUACCCGAAUGCCAGCGCAGCGGAUUUGAGGGCUACCGAUGGAACUUGCAUCAUUUGCAGAGAGGAUAUGGUGGCAAUAGGAGAUGACGCAGAUUCCAGUGCCGUAGGUGAUGGUAGUGCGACUCCAUCGACGCCGCCAGCUACUGCAGCAGGAACGACGCCAACAGUGACCAAUGUUACACCCAAGAAGCUAGCCUGUGGUCACAUCUUCCACUUUCGCUGUCUUCGUUCGUGGCUAGAGCGUCAACAGAGCUGUCCUACGUGUCGAAGGAUGAUCUUGGACGACCAAACUGAGCCACCUGCGCCUCCACAACAGCAACAGCAAGCACCGCCCACACAGCCAGCACCACAGCAUCCACAGCAUCCACAGCAUGCGGCAGUAGCAGCAGAUGGUUCUGGAAACAACAAUGCAGCAUCGCAACCUGCUAGCGGAUUAGAGCGCGAUGUGAGCUCACCAGAAGAGCAAGCGUUCGACACCAGAUUGCAAGGGUUCUUGCACCGACUCCAGUCGGACUUGCGCAAGGUGCGCAAAGAGGGCAACGGGUCAGCGCGACAGUCGAGCUCGAGCAGACAGCGCAGGACGACGAGUCGAAGCGGCUACGCUGCGCCACGUGUGUUUGCUGGUGGAUCGACUGGGUUCGGGUUCGGAGCGAACGACAGUAGUGGUUAUGCUGGAGGCAAUGCUUCUUUGGGUUGUGAGGUAAUGGGCGAGAUGGGCGGAGGACUGUGGAUGCCGCCGCCGCCAUCGACGUUGUAUGGGAGCAGCCGGAGGGGCGGUUCGGAGAGAAAUGGCGAGCACACAACAGCGCCGCUCGGGGACGUUCAACGUAAAGGCAAAGGGAAGGAACGAGCUGAGCCAGUGCGCACCGAGCAGGACACAGAGCAGGAUGCGGAUGCACAAGAUACGGACGACGCCACAGUCGAGCCGAUCGAUCCGCGCCAAGCUAUCCGCCAAGCGACGCUCAGACGGUAUGGCGCCACGGCACCGCGCACUGGCUCUAUACAAGCCAGCGCCUCUACGUCGCAUACCGGCAUUGGCAGUGCUGACAAAGGCGGCAGUGACCAAGCUGCGAUAUCGUUGAUUCCGCUAUUCGAUCCAGACGCAAUCCCCGAGUUUCACUCUACGCAUGCCGUCAGCUUGCCACACGCGCUUGCCGCGCCACGCCCCUGGCUGCCAACCAACACCCCGCCACAACGCACCAGUCUCGACCCGGUCGCACUCGAGUCGCAAAUCUCGCAUCUCUCCACCCUCCAAUCGCGCAUCGACGCACUCAUCCUCGACCUCACACACCUCCUCGACUCCCUCUCCACCUCGAACACCCACCUCCACACCGACGCCUACCAACCUGCCCCACACCAACCUCACCCACCAGACUCGUCACACUCUUAA